AAUUUAUUUUUAAAAGUAUGUUUUAAAUGGAUUUACUUAGAAAUGUAGCUCAGUUUUCAUUUUUGCGGUUGGUUAUUUUUUGUGGGAUUUUCCCGAGGUAAAACUUGGAGGGAUUCCAGAUCUUAUAUCCAUCUUUUCGACCGUUGGAAAUGGAUGGAUUAAGUUUGUGAGAUAAGGUGUUUUUUGGGCUUGAUCUACUUUUGAGAGACCCAUACGAGAUCUGUGAGUUUCAAGGGAUUCCAAUGGGUUGGAGAUCACGGCUACAUUGAAAUUUAGUUUUCAACUAAAGUUCACUGCGUUUAUCUGGAGCUUUAUUUAUGUUAUCUGUUUCAACUGGGGCAUUUUGACUCCUCUAGGUUUUUUUUCUCCAUUUCAGCCAUCUAUCAAGGAAAUAAUGUCAGAAGGAACAAGCGUGGUUAUGGAAUCUUCUGAAAAUGGCACAGAUUUAUCUCAAGAUGAUAUCGGCACCAUAGAGGGAACUCCUGACAACACAAUUUUAUCACGACAAACAUCUGUGAACCUUGUUCCAUUUAUAGGGCAGAGAUUCAUUUCCCAAGAAGCCGCUUAUGAAUUUUAUUGCAGUUUUGCAAAACAAUGUGGCUUUUCAAUUAGACGCCAUCGUACUCGAGGCAAGGAUGGGGUCGGUCGGGGAGUUACGAGAAGGGAUUUUGCUUGCCAUCGUGGUGGAUAUCCACAGAUGAAACCAUCUGAAGAUGGAAAGAUGCAGAGAAAUCGUAAAUCAUCACGCUGUGGUUGUCAAGCAUAUAUGCGUAUUGUUAAGCGGGCAGAUUUUGAAGUCCCUGAGUGGCGUGUUACAGGCUUUAGCAACAUCCACAACCACGAACUUCUGAAACCACAAGAAGUACGUCUCCUUCCUGCCUACUGUACCAUAUCUCCAGAUGACAAGAUUCGGAUUUGCAUGUUUGCAAAAGCUGGAAUGUCGGUACGGCAAAUGUUGAGAUUAUUGGAGCUAGAGAAAGGUGUUAAGUUGGGAUGUCUACCAUUUACAGAAAUAGACGUCAGAAAUCUUUUACAGUCUUUUAGAAAUGUUGAUAAAGAUAGUGAUUCUAUUGAUCUUAUUGCAGUGUGUAAGAAACUAAAAGAUGAAAAUCCUAACUUCAAGUAUGACUUCAAAAUAGACAGGCAUAACAGGCUGGAACAUAUUGCAUGGACUUAUGCUUCCUCAGUUCAGUUGUAUGAGGCAUUUGGAGAUGCGAUGGUUUUUGAUACAACCCACCGUCUGGAUGCCUAUGAUAUGCUGUUAGGCAUUUGGCUUGGAGUGGACAACCAUGGAAUGACAUGCUUUUUUGGUUGUGUGCUUCUACAGGAUGAAAAUAUGCAGUCCUUUUCCUGGGCACUGAAGACAUUUUUGGGCUUCAUGAAAAGAAAGGCUCCACAGACAAUAUUAACUGACCAUAACAUGUGGCUAAAAGAGGCUAUUUCUAUUGAAAUGCCUGAAACCAAGCAUGCCUUUUGCAUUUGGCACAUCGUUGCAAAGUUUUCGGAUUGGUUUUCAGUACUGCUUGGAUCACGUUAUGAUGAUUGGAAAGCUGAGUUUUAUCGGCUCUAUAACCUGGAAUCGGUGGAAGAUUUUGAACUGGGGUGGAGGGAAAUGGUGAAUAAAUAUGGACUCAAUGCAAAUAAGCACAUUGUCAGUUUGUUUGCAUUACGGACAGUUUGGGCUUUAUCAUUCUUGCGACGGUACUUCUUUGCAGGAAUAAUGAGUACAUGUCAGUCAGAGUCGAUUAAUGCUUUCAUCCAACGGGUUUUGAGUGCGCAGUCUCAGCUGGACCGUUUUGUAGAGCAAGUAGCUGAAAUCGUUGAUUUUAAUGACCGGGUUGGAGCAAAGGAAAAAAUGCAAUGGAAACUGCAGAAAAUGAUCCUCAAAACAGGUUCACCAAUUGAAUCCCAUGCUGCCACUCUUCUUAGUCCCUAUGCCUUUGGUAAACUCCAAGACGAGCUUGUGUUGGCACCGCAGUAUGCAUCUCUUCCAGUUGAUGAAGGUUGUUUCCAAGUCAGACACCAUACUCAGAUGGAUGGAGGGUGCAAAGUGAUUUGGGCUCCUUGUCAAGGGCAUAUCAGCUGUAGCUGCCAUCAGUUUGAGUUUUCAGGCAUCCUUUGCAGACAUGUUCUACGUGUCCUGUCAACUAAUAACUGUUUUCACAUUCCAGAUCAAUAUCUACCCACCCGUUGGCGCGGUGUCAAUUCCUCUUCUACCAACCCCUUCCAGACUGCAACUACAAGAGAGCAUUCUGACAAAAUUCAGUUAUUAGAGUCCAUGGCUUCAACACUCAUAACAGAAUCAAUUGAAAUGGAGGAACGACUUGAUGUUGCCUGUGAGCAAAUUGCCAUAGCGUUAUCACGUGUUAAAGAACUUUCUAGGUCAACACAUGGUAUGAAUGAGAUUUCCUAUAAUUGUCCAUCUGACUCAUUGAUCCUACCAGAGGUGGAAGAUGCUGAUGGAAUUGUUCGGAGUUUUACGAUUGGUCAUCCUCAUGAUUCGAUCACUUUAGGAAAGAUUAAAGAGAGAAGGCCAAAAGAUGGAACCGAGAUUACCAGAAAACGAAGGAACUGUUCAGGGCCUUGCUGUGGGCAUUUUGGACAUGAUGGAUCUGCUUGUUCAAUAAUGGGAGAUGACGAUUUGCAUGGAGAUGCACUCGGGUACUUGUAAUGCAUCACUGCAAACGGUAUUUAUUAUGUAGAAAGAAUCGUGUCACCUAUCUCGGCAUCCAUCACCUUUGCAAGGUACUUUUUUUCAUCUCUCUCUCUCUCUCUCUCCAUUCAAGAUUCGCUGAUACAAAAAAAUUUUCCCUACUAAAGAUCUGCACUACAUUGUAAUUACAUUGAUAAACCUUCAGGUUAAGGUUUAACUUGACAUUCCCGAUAUGUUGAAUUUCAAAGGCAAGAAAAAAUGACACUGGUAACAUGUUGAGUUCAUACAGAAAGUGAACCCCGUCAAAAUCAUCUGUUUUAGGCUUGUACCUAUAAUAGAUCUUACCAUAUUAAAGUUCAGUGUUGAAAGUGGUAGACGUAUUCUCUCGCUAGUUCCCUUUGAUCUCUGUUUAGCUUAUCCACUGUUGUGCACCAUUGACCUUAACCUUGCUUUGCUUGGAAUUUAGGAACCAAGAAUCUGCUGGUUCAGAAUGUAUGAGAAGACGUAAAUCCUGUGUAUAUCUUCAAAUUAUUGCAGAUUAGACAAUUUGCUUAUGUUUUGAUUUAAUAUAUGUCUAAUCUCUUGUUUGAGCAUAAUUAACGACUUCACAGCUUUGGCAUCCCAUGUUUGCUUCUGAUUCUCAAUUCCAUGUGAGGUUUUUAAAUGGUAAGCACAUUUGGUCUAGUUCGGGUGAAUGGGACAGAGGUGGCUUUUUUUCUUAGGACUUGAAAAAUGGGAUUGAGAUAUAUGAAUACAACGCCGUUGAGAUAUAAAAAUGGGAUUUAACUACUUGGGUUUUAUUUUUGUCCAUGUUUCCUUCUAAGUUAUGUCAUUAUUAUUGGUAAUAUCAAAUGCUGUAAAUCAUAAACACAACAUAUCUUCAACUGAUGCAAUCCAUGUUAGAACUUAGGGACACUUGAUUGAAAUUAUACCAACUUACGAUAUUCAAUUGGGAAGCAUAUAAUUUGCAGUUCCUUUCUAAAACCUUCCAAACUUCACGCUGCAUUUGAGGCUUUGAGCCAUCGAAUAUGGUUCUGCCUGUUGUUUCUCAGAUCAAGUUGAUAAAAUAUAUCUUUAUUGACGGUAUACCUGGUUUAUUAUAUACAUGUAAAGUUCCCACACUUCAUCACUUUCUACAUCACAACAUUACAAGGAUCACACUUUUGCAUUUGUGGUCUUUGACUCCAAGACAGAUUUUUUUUUUUUUUUGGUUAAAUCAAAACGGUGCAACA